GUGUCUCCUCAGCUGUCCUGGAAGUCCACGUGGGGUCGGGCCGGGUCUUCUCCGUGGAAGGGCAGGGGGUGGUGCUGCCCGCCUGGUACACCAGCCGCUCCCAGAAGAAGCCCUACGUCACCUGGCUGCUGGACAAAGAAGAUGCCAACCCCUUCCAGAUCUUGACCUACAUCGACGGGGAGGUGAAGGUGGAGGAGACGGAGCUGACCCCCCGCGUGGGCUUCCUGUACCCCGUCCUCACCCACAACAUCUCACUCUUCAUCAAUGCCACCCGAGAAGGGGACUCGGGCCAGUACAUGUGCACGGUCAACGUGGUGGAUGAUGCCACCAGCACGGGCAAGAACAUCGGGGUCAUCAACCUCACUGUCUUGGUGCCCCCGGCCACCCCUACCUGCCAGCUCCACGGGGAGCCCGUCGUGGGGGCCAACGUGACCUUGAGGUGCACCUCAAAGAAGGGGAAGCCAUCUCCUGUCUACCAGUGGCACCGCACCAACGCCCCCGCCCCAGAGGUCUUCUUCCCGCCGGCCCAGGACGGGACCAGGGGCACCCUCAAGCUGACCAACCUCACCCUGGAGAUGUCCGGCCUCUACGUCUGCGUGGUGGAGAACGGGGCGGGCUCGGCCGAGUGCAGCCUGGCCCUGGAGGUGCGCUCAG